AUGGUAUUCAACAUUUUCAGUAGGCCGUCUCAGCAGAACCAACCUGCAGUGAGUUUUACCCCUCUCCCAGGAUCAUUCCCUGAAGACAAUGAUAAUACAGAACAACCUGAACAGGAAACAAUACUGAAUGCUGGCGUUCCUAGAAUAUUAAAAAUGUGCUUAUACAUUCCACUAACAUUACUAUAUUACUUGCUCAAUAUCCUGUUAACUUCGGUGGAAGUUUUCAAACCAAUAGGCAAGAUCUUUCAUUUCUACACAAGAAAAGACAAUCAUUUCAGCGAUGAUUUGGGUAACCAAUUCGUAAAUGUUAUAGAUGUCCUUUCUUCAUCAGCCGAUACCAACGAACAGAGUGGUUAUACAUUCGAUACGUUGUACAAUGUAGAGAAUGGAAUGUUGAGCAAAAAUAUGAUUAAGGGUGGUUACACUGAUAUCUUACGUCGGUGUUCCAGCGAUGGUAAAUUUGCAAUAAUAUCUUUCUUCAAUCCGAUACUAUACGAUCCAUUCGAGUACGUAAGAAAGAUUUUAACUUCCAACGAGUUUGUAGAAUGUGUCACCAAAUAUAAUUGCGUUGUAUGGUUUUGCGAUGUUACAACACCACAAGGGCUACAGACUGCUAAUUCUUUAAAGAUUAGACAGUUUCCAUUUUUAGGUGCCCUUGGACCCCAACGGAAUAAUAAAAUGAAAUUGCUUGCCAGAGUGGAGGGCCAACUAUUUGAUUAUGAUUUCUCUCAUUUUGAGGCCAAAUUAGCCUCAUAUUAUUCAGUAUUAGUUGAGAUUAGAAGGCAAAGACAGUACCAGGAAAUGCAACGGUUAUUAAGAGAACAACAAGAUUCGAGAUACCAAGAAUCGCUAGAAAGGGACCAGGAAAGGGAUAGGGUAAUCGAGGAAAGCCAACUUAAAAAGAAAUGGUUGGCUUGGAGAAAAUCUGUACUAGUGCCAGAACCAUCGGGUGACGGUUGCAGAGUAAGCAUCAGACUAGAAAAUGAAAGAAUUAUUAGAAGAUUUGAUGCUUCAUUAACAAUUGAGGAGAUUUACGCAUACGUUGCAUUAUACAGAGCAGGUUUAUUAUCUGACACUAGCAGCGAGAAUGAUAUUACACAAGAAAAACCAAAUUACGAGUAUCAGUAUGACUUUCAACUAUAUUCACCUGUGCCCAGAACCCGUUUGGAGCCAACCACAGUGAUCAAGGAAGAACGGACAAUUUAUCCAUCGGGAACAAUUGUCGUGGAGUUCGAAUGA